GAGUUCGUUGAAAACUAUGAAGAAAGUUGAUUUUUUUAUGCUCCUGCUCUGCUUAAUCGCAGCGUCAUUUCUAGUGUCUGCUGAUCCACCAACAUGUCCUGCUGAUUUGGGUGGUAAGUGUAGUGAUUCUGAUGAUUGGCAAGGUGAUUUCUUCCCUGAAAUCCCCAAGAUUAAGUAUGAGGGACCUUCGAGUAAGAAUCCACUUGCUUACAGGUGGUAUAACGCUGAAGAAGAGAUUCUUGGGAAGAAAAUGAAGGAUUGGUUUAGAUUCAGUGUUGCGUUUUGGCAUACUUUCCGUGGGACUGGAGGUGAUCCAUUUGGUGCUGCUACAAAGUAUUGGCCUUGGGAAGAUGGUACUAACUCUGUGUCUAUGGCUAAGAGAAGAAUGAGAGCUAACUUUGAGUUCUUGAAGAAACUUGGAGUUGAUUGGUGGUGUUUCCAUGACAGAGACAUAGCACCUGAUGGUACUACACUUGAGGAAUCUAACAAAAACUUGGAUGAAGUUAUCGAACUAGCCAAAGAACUGCAAAAGGGAAGCAAGAUCAGACCAUUGUGGGGAACAGCUCAGCUUUUCUUGCAUCCUCGUUACAUGCACGGAGGAGCAACCAGCUCUGAGGUUGGAGUGUAUGCUUAUGCUGCUGCUCAGGUGAAGAAAGCCAUGGAGGUUACACAUUACUUAGGCGGUGAAAACUACGUUUUCUGGGGUGGUCGUGAAGGUUAUCAGACGCUUUUGAACACUGAUAUGGGAAGAGAGCUUGAUCAUCUGGCCAGGUUCUUUGAAGCUGCUGUUGCUUACAAGAAGAAGAUUGGAUUCAAAGGUACACUUUUAAUCGAGCCCAAGCCUCAAGAACCUACCAAGCACCAGUAUGACUGGGAUGCUGCAACAGCUGCCAAUUUCUUGAGGAAAUAUGGUCUUAUUGAUGAGUUUAAGCUCAACAUUGAGUGUAACCACGCCACGCUUUCUGGUCACACGUGUCAUCACGAGCUUGAAACUGCAAGACUUAAUGGUUUACUUGGCAACAUCGAUGCAAACACUGGCGAUGCUCAAACUGGAUGGGAUACAGAUCAAUUUCUUACAGAUGUUGGAGAAGCAACCAUGGUUAUGAUGAGUGUCAUCAAAAAUGGUGGGAUUGCUCCAGGAGGCUUCAACUUCGACGCCAAACUGCGAAGAGAGAGUACAGAUGUUGAAGACUUGUUCAUUGCUCAUAUUAGUGGAAUGGAUACAAUGGCUCGUGGACUGAGAAAUGCAGUCAAAAUCUUGGAGGAGGGAAGUCUAAACGAAUUGGUACGCAAGCGAUAUUCAACUUGGGACUCUGAGCUUGGGAAGCAAAUAGAAGAAGGAAAAGCCGAUUUCGAGUAUCUUGAGAAGAAGGCUAAAGAGUUUGGAGAACCAAAGGUUUCUUCUGCCAAACAGGAGCUCGCUGAGAUGAUCUUCCAAUCAGCAAUGUAAGAAGAAUAAGAAGGCUUUUUAUAUUUUAUUAAAAGCAUCGUCUUCUUUAGUUCUCUCGCAUCCUUGAGAAGUUUGAAAACCAAAAAAUAAGAUGAUUAGAGAGGUUGGUUUUAUUAUUUCAGUUGAUGUACUAUGCUUUAAUAUAAUUCACACUCUACU